GGGGGCGGCAUCGGCGGGGCCGGGCUGUGCGUGGUGUCCCGCCGGCUUUGCGUGGUGUCCCGCCGCCACAGGCGAUCCUCGGCGCAGGCGGCACCAUGUCGGUGGCGGGGCUGAAGAAGCAGUUCUACAAAGCCACCCAGCUGGUCAGUGAGAAGGUUGGAGGAGCUGAAGGGACCAAGCUCGACGAUGACUUCAAGGAAAUGGAAAAGAAAGUGGACCUGACCAGCAAGGCAGUUACAGAAGUAUUGACCAGAACAAUAGAGUACCUCCAGCCCAACCCAGCUUCCAGAGCCAAGCUGUCCAUGCUCAAUACCAUGUCAAAGAUCCGGGGGCAGGUGAAGAGCCCUGGUUACCCCCAGUCAGAGGGGCUGCUGGGGGAGUGCAUGAUCCGGUACGGCAAGGAGCUGGGUGAAGACUCCAACUUUGGUGACGCGCUGCUGGAUGCUGGCGAAUCCAUGAAGCGGUUGGCUGAGGUGAAGGACUCACUGGAUAUUGAAGUCAAGCAGAAUUUUAUUGAUCCCCUCCAGAACCUGUGUGAUAAAGACCUGAAAGAAAUCCAGCACCAUCUCAAGAAGCUGGAAGGCAGACGCUUGGACUUUGACUACAAGAAGAAACGACAGGGCAAGAUUCCUGAUGAGGAACUUCGACAGGCCAUGGAGAAGUUUGAAGAGUCCAAAGAAGUAGCAGAGACCAGUAUGCACAACCUCCUUGAGACUGAUAUUGAGCAGGUGAGCCAGCUCUCAGCCCUGGUGGAUGCCCAGCUGGACUACCACAGGCAGGCAGUGCAGAUCCUGGAUGAGCUUGCCGAAAAACUCAAGCGCAGAAUGAGGGAGGCCUCCUCACGCCCCAAGAGGGAAUAUAAACCCAAACCCAGGGAGAUGUAUGACUUUGGUGAAACCAGCCAGUCCAACGGGGGCUUCCCCUGCAACCCCACCCCCAAAGUCUCAGCUUCCUCCUCUUUCCGAUCCGACAAGCCGUCCCGCUCCUCCGCCAGGAGUAUCCCCCCCCUGGACCAGCCCUGCUGCAAGGCUCUCUACGACUUUGAACCCGAAAAUGAUGGUGAGCUGGGCUUCAAGGAAGGCAACAUCAUCACCCUGACCAACCAGAUCGACGAGAACUGGUACGAGGGGAUGAUCAAUGGCCAGUCAGGCUUCUUCCCCCUCAACUACGUGGAAGUUCUGGUUCCGCUACCUCAGUGAAACGCUCUCCCCCCUCUCCCCUCCCAUCUCCCCCUCCACCACCACCACCCAGGGCUCAGCCUCCAUUCCACCUCCACCCCCAGGCUGGCCCUCUCCAGGGGGGGGACUGUAUCCUCUGUGUCACCUCGGGGCCAGGUUGCCACCAAGGGAACAAGCUGGCAGCAACACCCCGCUCCCCACAACCCCCACCCCCUUUUAUCCCAACACCCCCUCCUGUGGAUUUGGUUAUUUGAUUUUGAUUUGGGGGUUGGUUUGGUUUUUUUUUUAGGUUCUUUUUUUUUCUUUUUUUUUUUUUUUUUGUCCUUCUUGGUGCUUGAACUUCGGUACUUGUCGCAAGCCUCUGCUGCCCUCUCCUUUUUUUUUUUUGUCUUUUCCUUUGGGUCAAGCAUCCGGAUGAGCCAGGUGGUGGGAGAACCAGGAUGUGCAGGGAGGGUACAGGAGCCCCCAGCCCCACCAAGGGGCAAACCCUUUGCGUCCUUACCCCACCAAACACUGCCCCACUCCCCAACACCCCUGCAGGACCCCCCCAUUCUCCCUGUUCCUGGGGUGGGGGGGAUAUAAGGAGGGGCGGGAGGACAUAAGGUGGCACAACAACACUACAACACCCACCAAACACUACACCAGGGCUGAGCCCUGCCUGGGGGUCCUGAGCCCUGCCUGGGGGUCCUGAGCCCUGCCGGGGGUCCUGAGCCCUGCUGGGGGGGCUCUGCCACCCUGAGGGACAGAGCAGAGCUGUCCCCUGCCUGCUGCCAGCCCCCUGCCCCCCUCCCUGACUUGAUUUUCAGUAUUUUCAGCCAGGUUGCUUCCUUGGGUUUUUCCAACUUCUCCAGCGGUCACAGAGCUGAGGGAUGAUUUGAGGGGGGGGUUGAGUGGAGGUGGGGGGCAGAGCAAGUGGUGUCUCCUCUUCCUGGGGAAAUUCUGGGCACCACCAGCCCGGGGUUCAGCUGAUCCUCACCUGCCUUCUCCAGGCUCUGCCCCUCUACCCCCUGCUUUGGGGAGGGGGAAGGAAGGCAGCAAACAGCUCUGCCUCUGACCCUCCCCAGCCUUCUCUGUCUCAGGAGUUGGGGGGGGGGGAUGGUUGUGGGCAGGAUGGGAGGGCCAGUGGUGGGUGGCAGUUCCUACCCCAGCUCUUCCACUCAUCCCCUUGAGUUUCUUUGCUCAAAAGUGGUCUUUCCCCCCCCCCCCCAAAUUCCUCCCCCUUGGCUACAGCACCUCUGCAGCCAAGUGCUCUGUCCCCAUCCCUGCUGCUCCACCUCCUGUUACACUCACACGGCCCCAUUUAAGGAUUUUUGUUGGGUUUUUUAGCCCGUGCAUGUCCAUGUCUGUCCCAUCCUCCCAGCGGGCUGGGACCCCCAGCUUGGGGCAGCCCAAGGGACCCUUAGCCUCAGGACCCUCACUCCUACACCUUUCCUGGUGGGGAUCAGGGUCAGGCUCCCGCUCAGGUGGAUGGCAAUGAGUUUUUGUCAGCUAGGAGAACUUGUUUUUAAUUUUUUGUUUUUAAUUUUUUUUUUUUUUUUUGGUUUUGUAAUGGUUUCUCCUGGGUUCCAGGGGACAAACAACCAAAAAAGAUGACCCACAAAUCUCAACUUGUAUCUCUGAGCAAAAAGUAUUAAAUGUUUUCUUCUUUCUAACUCCUCUGUCCCCUCUCUGAGCACAUGUGGGGGCUCCAUGGGGGAGGGACAGAGGAGCAGCCCCAAAUCAAUAUCCCUCUGGUUUAGUCCCUAAAGCCAGGCAGAUGGAUGGUGGCCACCACCAACCACAAGGCCACCAGCACCAUUCCUAACCAUAGCACUGGCAAAAUGUCCCCAAGCUGGUGAAGACACA